AAUUUUCUACUUCUCCACCCCUUAAAGUGUCAUACCACAUACUUUUUGACCAAAAAAAAAAAAACAUAAUUUUAAUAUUUUUUUGUUACAAGUAGUAACUUUAACAUUUUUUUUGGGUACAAGUCAUAAUUCUAAUAUAUCUUAUAAAUUUAUCCAUAACCGUUUAAUUUUACCAAGGAGUCCAUUAUUGUUAAAGAAAGCACAAAAUCAGAGUCUGAGAGAAGUUGCAACCAAUAAGAUCAAUAAUGACUUCAUUAGUGGCUAUAAUUCAAUUAGGCAUCUUAAUCCUAACCCUAUCAGUCUUCUUCCUCAUGCACACUUUCCGCAACCAAACAAUUCAAUCCAAAACCCGAACCCGCAACAAAACCCGCCAACCCGAACAAAACCGCCACCUGAACCAAGCAUCACGCCACCUAAACCGGGCCCGGUCCACUGCACAUAAAGCCCAACACACCAAAAACGCUCUCUCAGAAGCAAAUCAAGCCCUCUCUAUCACCCCCAAGGAUCCUUCCGUCCACAUUCUUCGGGCCCGAGCCCUUUACAUAGCGGGUCACCGCGCCACUGCCAUCAGAUCCCUCGAUUCCGCUCUAUCUCUUCCGGCGGCGAAGUUUCUCAAUCCGACAGAGCGUGCCGACGCGUUGGUGUUUAGGGCUGAGAUGAAACUUGCGGUGAAUCGGCGGCGGCGAGUUGACUCCGCGAUUGAGGAUCUUGUAGAAGCGAUUGGAGUGAGUGGAGAGGGAAGUGAGAGUAAAUCGGAGGCGAUGUGUUUGUUGGCGAAAUGUUACGAAUGGAAAGGGAUGAUAGAAGAGGCGAAGAAUGCGUUUCUGAAGGUCGUUGAUGUUGACCCUGAUUCUAUUGAGGCUCGCAAUGGGUUGAAUCGAUUAGGCCCGUGAUGAUUUACUUUUUUAUUUUAUUCUUUUUGUCUA